GUGUUUAACUAAUAUCCGUGAAUGAAAAAUGUUUUGAUUUUCUAAAAGUGCGGAACGAUGAAGUUAUGAUAAGGCAUUUAAAAUAGCGGUAUAAACUAAAUAAAGCAAGAAAGUGGUCAUUAGUAAUAUGUUACGUUUUGCAAAAAAUAAAUUCGACACUGUAGAAGUAAUACGCAAAUUAUUUGUGUCCUACAGAAGGCUGUUUGCUUUACUGUUAGGCACUUGUGUUUUCUUCUAUCUAUUGCCGCCAGUGUUUCGGUAUCUUUUCAUGAAAACAACGGAGAAGAAAGAUCCGUUAAUGCAAUGCAUGGAUGAUCGUUUAACUCCAUUUUUUUUGCAAAACUUUGAAUUUGAUGCCAACAUACGACAUGUGCCGGUUUUAACCGGUGAACGCAAUAUUCUACCAUACAUAGGAAAUGGUUAUAUAGGCUUAGAAAUUGUACAUGACGCUUCCGUGAACAUCAAGUACGGGCGUGCCAUGCAGUUGCCUACACAAUUUUUCCCAAUAAUAUCAGUUUUGCAAACUACAGAAACAGGCCGGGAGGCAACCGUUGUAGAAUAUCUUACCGGCAUUGUUUGGCGUUUUCAGUGCUUCGCCAAUAUUUUCGUUUCGUAUUCUUAUUACGCUCAUCGUACAUUGCCUAGUAUACUUAUGCAGGAGCUAAGGUUCACUAAUACUCGUAAUAACAUAGAAGAAGUGGAAUUGAUUUUACCUCGUAUUAAUUUUGCAAGUGUAUCAUCGCGAUCUUUAACUAUAGGAAAUUACAAUAAUUUUAAUGAAUUUGAAAUCAAAACUGGUACAAUUGCACCUAAGCCUGAAGAAACAUCGAACGUAAUUGUUCUGACAGUUAUUAAACCUAAAAUUUCUCGAACAAUACAAUUGAAAAAGCGCGGUAGUGUUAAGUUAGAUGUACCCAUAGCCGUGCACUACUCAAAACCAAUAAACAAAGAUAAACAACAAAUUGGCGCUGUCGUGGAAGAAACUGAGCAAAGAGCGAUAACAGCUAUAGCAAAGCUGAUGCAAUCUAAAGAAGUUUCAUUUAGUGCGGCAGUACAAAAGCUACGACAAUCUCAUAUUAACGUGUGGUCUGAUUUGUGGGCUACAGGAUUCACUAUAAGUACCUCCAAAGCAGAAAACACUUUGAAUGGCGAUCGCAUUAAUGCUACAAUGUAUGCCGUGCUCUCUCAAACUCGUAGUUAUGAAUUUGAAGAAUACGUUACGGUCGCGGCACCGUCCAAGCAGGAUAUAGACAAAGCGUUAACCUAUGCUGAGGGUUGUUAUGAUUCUUAUCAUACCUUACAAGCGGAUAAUCUGUGGCUAUCUAUGGACUCUCUGGCCGAACUUAAUAACUUGGUGUCAUCAUGGAUGUUAACGUUGGAGAAGCAAGGUUGCCACAAUUUGAUAAGAGCCGGCUCUUCAGGCGUUAUACAAGCUAUGGUUCUGAGUUUCGGGAGUUUUCGGUUUAGCAACCAACAUUUGGAAUGCAAUAUACACCCGAAGUACUUGCAUCGAGAUUUUCAUUUUCGUCGCUUAAAUUAUGGCAAUCACACACAUGUUAAUGUCACAAUCAAUGUGACUGACGAUAACAAAGCUGUUAUAAAUGUAGCUUUAGAUCGAUCAGAUCGUAGUUAUUUUGCUUGCGACGGUGGUUGCAUGGAUGAGCCAGUGCUAUUAACACAAAGUCGUCGUCAAUUUCCCGUAAAAUUAACUGAACCAUUGACUGCUAUACUAUACAUAACGGAAGACAAGCAACAUAUUAUUGAAUUACAUAAAGCACUGCAUGUAAAAGAGGUGGGAGAAGCUCCAGCCCACGAACAGCAUGUUAUCGCGCUACAUAAACACGGUCAUCAGUUGGGAGGUUUGCCUACUUUGUUCUGGGUGUCGGUGUGUGCAAUAAUUAUAGUAUUCCAUAUAUUCUUGUGUAAAUUAAUAAUUAAGGAGUAUUGCGAACCAACCGAUAAAUUAAGAUAUCGCUACAACAAACCAUGAUUUUAAGUUUCAUGCCUUCAAUAAAUCAUAAAAUUGUAAAGGUAUUUCUUACGUUUAUUUAAAAUAUGCUUUUAUGGGCUUAUCUUUCGAAUUC